AUGGACAUAUUGACGGGAUGCACGGGCUCCAUUGUAGCUGAAAUUGGAAAAUGCACAGCGAAGCCCAUCAUACGUCAUGUUGGUUAUUUGUUCCGUUUCAAGAAAAUUGUUGAUGAUCUUAUCAAAGCAAAAACAGACCUGCAAUUAGAUCAGCAAAAGGUGCAAGAGGCUAUCGAGCGAGCUGCAAUGAACACUGAGGUUGUUGAGAAGGAUGUAGAAAGGUGGUUGGCAAAUGUGAAUCAACUCUUGGAAGAAGUACAGGCGCUGGUAAAUAAAGUACAAGUAAACUUGAGGCCCUGUAACGGCUGGUGUCCUGAUUGGAUUCGGCAAUACAAGUUAUGUAAGGAAGCCAUAAAGAAGACAAAUGUUGUUAAAGAACUCCAAGAUAAGGGCAAAUUUUCUGAAUUGACCCAUCGUGCUCCGACUCCUGGCAUAGAGAUAUUUUCAUCUAGUGAUUUCAAGGUGUUUGAAUCUAGAAACUUGGCUUUCCAACAAAUUAUGGAGGCAUUGCAUGAGGAUAACAAUAAAGGGAUUGGACUGUAUGGAAUGGGAGGGAUUGGGAAAACAACCCUGGUGAAUGAAGUGUACAAGAAAGUCAAAGAAUUGAAUAUAUUCAAUGACAUUGUGAUGAUUGUAGUGUCCCGAACUCCUGACGUUAGAAGAAUUCAAGGUGAAAUUGCAGAUUGUUUACAUUUGAAACUUGAAGAGGAGAGUGAUACUUUUAGAGCAAAUCGAAUAUGCUCAAGAAUAAAGAGUGUAGAGAAGAUCCUCAUAAUUGUGGAUGAUGUCUGGGACACUGUCGAGAUAAUUUCAAUAAAUUUCUUAUUGGAGAAAGAAGCAUUGGCUUUAAUGAAAAGCAUAGUUGGUGACAACCCAGACUUGAAUGAUGUGAUGCUGAAAGUAGUUGAAGAAUGCAAUAAAGGUUUGCCUAAAGCAAUCAGUACUGUAGGAAAGGCUCUUAAAGGCAAAACUCUAAAUGAGUGGAAUGUGGCAAUGUAUGAACUAAGAAGGUCUAGACUGGUGGAUAUAGAAGAAGAUUAUAAUAUUCCUAUUGAGGAAUUGACUAGAUAUGCCAUGGGACUAGAGGAAGAUGAAGAUUUUCACUCACUUGAUGAAGCAAGGAGCCAAGUGCGUGCAGUAAUCAAUAACCUCAAAGAUUCUUCUUUACUACUAGAAGGUUCAACAAAAGAAUUUGUGAAGAUGCAUGACAUGGUUCGUGAUAUUGGCUUAUGGAUGACAUCAAAAGGGGAAAAUGAAUUUGAGCUAAGAGCCUGCACUCGUUUAGAGAGAAACACAAACUUAGAAAGAACCACAGCAAUCUCCUUGAUCAAUUACAACACCGAACAACUUCCCGACAACUUGUUAUGUCCAAGACUCAACAUUUUGUUAUUGGGUGGAAUUCGAAGUUUCAAAGAAAUCUCUAACGCAUUGUUUGAAGGGAUGAAUUGUCUCAAGGUUUUAAAACUACAUGAGAUAAUCUUAUCAUCACAAUCACUCGAAUUAUUGACAAACCUUCAAACCUUAUACUUGAAAGAUUGCGAUUUCAAUGAUGACCUCUCUUCAUUGGGAAAGUUAAAGAGACUAGAGACUUUUAAGUUUUUGCAGAUGUCGAAUGGUUGCAUUGCCAAGUGA